UAUACUUCUCUCAUAAGCUCCCUUAUGCUUAUUGACACCAUCUCAAAACACACCACUGCAUGUAACUGACCAGGAGGGCAUGUCUUUGUAUUUCAAGAGGAUUUGUGCACAGACAAGACAGACAAAUGGAUGACUAUGGAGCCCAAAAGAAUCUCCGAAAUCGAACUCAUCAACCUCGCCAAGAGGAUCAGCCCUUCGUACUAUAAAGUCCUUGGAAACAAUUUGGAAUUUUGCCAGGCAGAGCUGGAAAACUUAAGUAUUCGAAGUCAACUCGAUAUACAAGAAGCGAUUCAUACUAUACUAAGGCGAUGGACAGAGGGGCGUCCUCUGAAUGAAAACAGCAGAGAGGUCUUAGCUGAUAUUCUGGAUGAUACAGAGCUGAAAGCGAUCGGGGAUCUUUUAAGAACUGGUCAUGAGUCACUACUCAAAGGGUCUUCCAAGUCUUCUGGACUUGAUCAAAGAGCAUCUACAUCACAAACACCAGCAAUACCCGGUCCGAUGAAAUCAUCGGCUGAGACAACGCCGAAGACAACGACGUCGACGACGACUAAGAUCUCAACAUCCUCAUCCUCUCCUCAAUCCUCGGACUCAAUCACCGUCAUCACCGGGCUCAUAGCAGGCUUACUACCACACGAUCUGCUACCACAACACCAUAGUCAUGUCUACAAUGCAACGAGUUCAGAUACAGUAAAAGUCGUCCUGACUUCUAGUCGUGGUGACGACAUAACACACGUUCUGAAUCCCAGAAAUCAUUGCCGCAUCCCGACUCCUUAUGGGCGUGUCAGGCUCUCCGUCUACAGGAAGGAUGACAAUGGCGAUGGGGGGUUUGCCCGCGACGCAUGCGCAUUGUUUGCAGACGAUUCUGAUCGGAGUUUUAUCGUCAAGAAAUCCUCAGAUGGCAAGAACCUUGUGGUUGUUCGUUCCAAGUAUGGACAAUUCCGCACCGAAGAGAGGCCCUAGUUUAAAGGGAACCAAAACC